CUCCCAUCGCGACGAGGAGAAGAGAGGUUUUUCAGCAAAAAAAAAAAAAAAGGAGGAGAAGACAGGGGGGAGGGAGAGAGGAUGCAUCAAGAGUCGCGCAGCGAGAAGGGGCUGAAGCUCUUUGGGGUGAGGAUUCUGUGCGAUGGCGGUGGGGGGAAGGAGGCGGCGGAGGAGGACGUGGAGGAGGUGAUUAGGAAGAGCAAGAGCAUGGGGAACCUGGUCGCCUGCGGCUCCUAUCCGGCCGCCGAUAACGGUGCCGGCGACAAUGGGUACGUCUCCGACGGCGGCCUUUUCCUGUCCUCCCGGAGAAGGCGCGGGCGGGAGAGGAAGAGAGGCAUGCCUUGGACAGAAGAAGAACAUCGGACAUUUCUAGCUGGUCUUAAAAUGCUUGGUAAGGGGCAUUGGAGGGGAAUAUCAAGGAAUUUUGUGACCACUAGAACUCCAACUCAGGUGGCUAGUCAUGCUCAGAAAUAUUUCCUUAGGCAGAGUAAUCCCAAUAAAAAGAAGUGCAGGUCCAGCCUUUUUGACGUGGUGAUAAGUGAUCCAGCUCCUGCACCUGAAACUUCUGCCCCACCAUUAUCAUCAAAAAGACCUUGUGAAGUUACAGAAGAGAGUAAUCAUCAUCUCCAAGACUGUUGUUUGGCAAGAACCCCAGCUUUUAUUACCACCCAAGCUGUGUCUGAUGGUACAGAGGCCUCCCUAGCCUUGCCUUUGAUCAAAGAGGACUCAAGAGAAGCAGCAAGCAUUCACAAUGUCAACCAUAUGGCUCAAAUCUCCGGCAACUCGAAGGACCAGGUUGUCCCGCUUGUAUUUCUUGCUCCCCAACCAGACAUUUCCUUUGUGCCAACCCAGCUUGACUGCAUGUGCCACAGAUUUCCUCAGAGUACCAUUAAGUUCGUCGAUCCAGCUGCACGCACGCUACCCUACUCAGUCUACUGUUGUUCCUGCACUAGAAAACAAUGAUUUAGAGCUGAGCAUUGCACCACCUCAGCUGUAUAGCCUAACCAAAUUAUCUUCACCGAAGGCAGCAGUAGAUGGUGUCGUUUAACCUAAUAUGUUUUAAUCGUUUGAUUCUCUUAGCUCUUAUAGUCACCUGUUUUUUAUUCAUGCAUUUUGAUAUAUCUGUACAAGGCAAGAAAACUUUUUAUUUUUCCUAUUUUUGAUUUAGAUCAAUAAAAUAUAAAAAAAGGAUAGGUAAGUCUCCCAUCUUGGCAA